GACGUCACUUCCCGCCGCCACGGGGCCGCCCCUAACGGCCGUUCUCCCCCAUGGCGGCGGCGGCGGCGGCCGGGGGGAUGGGCGGCGGCGGCUCGGCGGCGCUGGGCGACAGCAGCGCCAUCGACUACUCGGUGCAUGAGGCGUGGAACGAGGCCACCAACGUCUACCUGCUGGUGGUGCUGGCCAGCCUCGCCCUCCUCGUCUACGCGCGGCGGAACAAGAGGAGGAUCAUGCGCAUCUUCACCCUGCCCCCAGCCGCCGAGACGCCGCCCGAGCCGAACUUCUACGACAGUAUGAAGAAGAUCCGCCUGCGGCAGCAGCUGGAGAUGUACUCCAUCGCAAGGAAGUAUGAACAGCAGCAGCAGCCACCAAAACAGACUGAAAGUGUACAGCUCUCAGUGGAAUGAAGCCCACAGUUGUAGGAACUCAGGAUAUGUUUCCAGUGCUGAUGAUAACAGCCAGUGUGGAGCUAUUUUCAACGCCUCUUAAUCGAUACAUAGCUGAAGGCAAGGGGAAAAGGAAGAGAUCUCUCCUAAAAACUUUGUUCUCAGUAGCUUUUCUCUGAGCCCCGUGAAGUAAACAGAGUGCCUGCUGAAACAUUCAGCGUGAAAGUACCCAACACAGCACAGACGUGCUCAGAGAAACCUCUGAGGGUAGAGAAGCGCAGUUUUCAAUUAUUUCUUUCUCAGCUAGCACCUUGGAAAUAAGCUCCUACCUUCUCUGGUAACAGCACCCUGGAGAAAGCCAAGGCAGUACCUAUCUGCUCGGAAACCCUUUUGUUCCUUGAUCACGCAUUGUUGAAUUUGUGGAAUGCGUUCGGUAAAUGUGAAUGAAGAUACUGUGGCCUUACUGCCUAGUGAAGGUGAACACCUUUGAGAGCUUGGCUUGUGGCUGGCAGUAGUGCAGAAAGGUUCUGCUCUCUGUUUAUAUGGGGGUUGUGUAUGCAAUACUGUGAACCUUUCCUGGAGAAACGAAGAAGUACGCAGUGAACUGCAGGUCUAGAAGACGCUUAAGGCCAGUACUCUAAUGUUCAAAGGUGGUUAGGUUAGUCAGAUUGCUUUAAAGAGUGGGAUUGCCUAUAAAAACUUGUCUAAGGUGAUGGCUUAUCCAGAAGAGAUAUCACACACCAGUUACUUUUUUCUUUCUAGGUAAAUCACAAAAUCAGUGAAUUCAAAGAAUACUGCAGAAAUUUCUUAAUAAAAGCACCUGAUCAUGAAAACUA